GCUCUCCUCCCUUACAACCUUAAAAUAUUCAACACUUUAUUCAUCUACAAUUUCCGUCUAUACUCCUUGUUGCUCAUAUAUCUACAACUUUUACACUUUUUUUUCUUAGCCAUUUAGCAGAACACAAGCUUCGGCUUUUUCAUGUUCAACUCGCCAUCGUGGCAUCCUCUCAAGAAUCAAACUUUGUAACUUUACCUUCAUACGAGGACGUGCAAGUCGUCGUUUCGUAUAAAACCCUUUGUGAUCCUUUCCACAAUAUCCAGCAGGUCCAGCUUCUCCGUAUACAAAUUUUCGACAUUACCGGUUGCGAAAUCUUCUACUAUCAAGAACUCGUAGCAAAGUCUGAUCCCCUAAGUGGUUGGAACAGGUACCACGGUCGAGACCCAGGACCACCACCUCCGCCAUUUCCACCUCAACAGCCUUUUCCACCUAGACAACAAACAUAUCAACUGCCGAUCGUACACACCCCCAUCGUAUAUUCUUCAAGUCUGCAACAAUAAAUGGCCGGCGUACCAUUCAACUCCUACCACGGUCCAGAUUCGGGUCCUCUCCCCCCAGGCGUUGGUAUGGCAUUUCCAGGCUCCCCAUUCCCCAUGGGCUACGCACAAUCGUCUUAUGGCUACCCCGAUUUUUACUCUGCAGGAUAUGGCCAACCAGGCUUCGCCGCUCCUCCAUAUCCUUUUUCCAGCACACAUCCCGCACCCCCUUCUGCCGAUAAAAGCGGCAUGCCCGGAAUCAACGUCAAAAAUCAAUUCGACGGCAUCGGUCUUCCCCCAGGCUACAACUAUCUCUUUCCCCCCUCUCACUGCCUCGUGCAUGUCUUUAUAACCGGCUCCACACCCCCCUGGCUCGCGAACUCCCCGCUUUAUCCACAUGAUGUGGCUAAUCAUCGCAAGUUUUUUGUUCCGUCUACCAUGACGGUCAAGGAUAUGAUGCAGCAACUGGGUUGUAGCAAUAAGGACCCGGACAAAAAUGUGAUGACAGAGGUUCAAGAAGUGGGAAAUGGAAAGUGGACUAAGGGAAUGGUUUUCAAGGGAGGGAAUGGCGGGAGGAUGAAAAUGACGCUCGCGAGUUUGGGAUGGGAGAUGGGGAGAAGGAGGACCGGGUUGCCGGGUCAGGGACCAUUGAUCUGGGUUUAUAUUACAGGGGAUUAGAUGGGAGUGAAUGAGAGGAAUUUGGGGUUUGGAGAUGUGGGUAGAAUUGCUGGAGAUGAGGUUAAGAUAAGUGCCAUCGUCUCGGAGGAUUUAUUUUUCAUGAUAAAGUGUGGCUUUCCGCUCUAUGGUAUUUCAUAAGAAUCCAUUCGAAUCUAUUUGGGCUUUUGCAUAAUAACUCCGUCGUAUGGGAUAUGUUAAUCGCAGAAGAAUGCGAGGUCUCUACAGUACCAUUAAUCGAGUAGAUCACAAGUUCUAUAGCUAGCAAUACAAC